AUGAGGUCCGAUACGAUCCUCCUUACAGCGACCGCGGUCGCGUUACUGGGCAUCUUUUAUUACGUGCAGCUAGGUCCCGUAUUGAAAGCCGUUGGUUUUGGCCGUGUCGUCGAGCAACGGGGCAACAUAGGAUGCCGAGCAGAGGCUGAGUUACAGGCCUGUGAGAAAAUUGUGAUACAUCAACCGACGGGACUCCUAUACCUAGCGUGUUCCACUCCAUCAAGCCGGACACAAUGGACACCUGCGCUCUCACAUCUGAAUGCCAGUGGCAUGUCGCGGGAUGACCAUGUCGCACUAUAUGACCCCGAAACUUCCAAGGUCACUCGCCUGCAAUUAAGAGGGUACGAUUCGAGCCGUGAUCUCUCUGUACACGGAAUGGACGUUGUGCCGUCUUCAUCAAAUCCGAACGACCUGUUCGUGUACUUGGUCAAUCAUCGACGGCCAAGGCACGGUGUUGACCCCAAAGUCCACGGUGCCAACUCUUCAAUCGAGAUAUUCAAGACAUCAAUCGGGUCGUCCAUCCUAACUCAUAUCGAGUCAUUUGACGACCCUGUUAUACAAACGCCCAACGAUGUCGUAGGUUCACCGACGGGCCGAUCUUUCUGGUUCACCAAUGACCACGGGUCGAAGAUUGGAUUGUUACGAGAGUUGGAGUUCUAUCUCGGCUGGCCACGAUCAUCUGUGGGUUUCUGUGAAAUACAAAGAGGCUGCAAGUACGCGGCCACCGGGCUCCCGGCCUCGAAUGGCAUCGCCAGAGCCGCAAAUGAUACGUUCUAUGUCGGAAGCAGCGGGAAACCACAAAUACACGUACUAGAGAGGCGGGCGGAUGACACGCUGCUGGUCAAAGAUGUCAUUCACACCGAUCGCCUCAUCGAUAAUGUUGCUGUCGAUCAGAGUGGCGCAUUAUGGGCGGCUGGUAAGAAGGCUAUGCGUCUCCCUCUGCGAACAUUGGAGACAUUCGCCGACCCUUCACUGAGAGCUCCUUCGUCCGCUCUCCGUGUUACGCGAGGAGACUCCGGACGGAAAUAUCGUCUCGAGAAGGUAUUUGAGGACGAUGGCGCCCUUGCCACUGGUUCCACCUCGGUUGCUCAUGACUCGCAGCGAGGGCGACUAUUCCUACACGGUCUUGUUGCACCAUAUCUGACCAUCUGCGACUCUCCGGCCUGA